GUCACAACACUCGAUUCGUCUUGUCCCGGGUUACCACAGUACCUACAUUUCUCAACGACGGCGAUUUUCCUCAAUUAGAAUAAACCUGAACAUUUACUUCAUAGACUGCGAUGUAGAAACAAUGGCAACUUCGACUACAUCAUAGUAGCGGGAGCCUGCCCUGCGUGCAGAGAGCAUAUCAAACACGCGAGCUCACAGUCUAUCAUGGACAAAAAAUUUGCUUCUGAGAAUUGCUCGAGUGAAUUUUAGGAACCUCCGUGCUUGUGGUGCAUUCGUGAAAUAGUCUCUCAUCUCCAGAGAUUUGUUUCAUCAGUUAGUGCAGAUUUGUGGCGAAGCUACGGUUCAAUGGUGACACCAAUCUCAGAACAUUCAACUAGUGCGUUCGAACCAGGUCAGUUGGUUUGGAAGCAGAUUUUUAUGCUUCGAGAAGAUGUUGUUUAGUGACUUUAAAACCAUCACUAAAUCGUAUGCUUUAGUUUCAAAUUCAAACCACAUCUUAUUGAAACUGUAAAACAUUCUUUGACAAGAUUGCAUAUAAUCAUAAGAAAUUAUACACGAAAAAACUUAUUUCAAAUUCUGGUGUAUAGUGGUUUUAAAUUUGCUCCUAAACAAUUCAAACGCUUUAAUCUCAAAAUGAGAUGUGACAUGCUUACCAUUCAUGGUAGUGACAACUAGUAUAAGUUUUGCAAAUAAAUUCCACCAAGGCUGCUGCACCUCAAUGUUCUUCCAUGCUUGUGUAGGAACUGAUACUAUCCCUGGUUUUCUUCUUUUUUAUUCUGUUUCUCCAUUACUUUUCCUUUCGGUACCGUUUGGUGGCGGGUGAAAUUUUCCACGAAGCACUGCCGAAGGAUUUAUACAUAAAUCACCAUAUUUAGUAAACUGGUUGACAGUUCCUUUCGGCAAGGGAACCGGAACUCGGAAAUACGAGCGAAAACGGUUGUCAAUGCGGCAGAUUCUGGGAUUCCUAUAGCAGCAGGAACUAAAGGGAGACAAAAAAAGGGGAGAGCUUCAUAGUCGGACUGCGUGUCUUAAUUUCUUGUUGUGAAUUGCGGGGGAGCACGCUGAAGACGAGAAAAUUGCGAUUGGCUAAUGAUCCGGGGAGUAGGGGAUGAGGUAGCGGUGGUGCAGGUAGGUGAGCCUGGAAGCAUGAAGCGGUUGUGAGUGUUGGCGUUUUGUGACGCAAGGAUUAGAGAGGGAGGAGGUGAUGAUUAUUGACGAGGUUCGCGACAGUGGAAGGAGUUAGGAUGGCGUUGGGUGUGCCUUAGGAGCUUUGUGCGUUUAGUUGUGCUUCGCAUUUACGAUGUUUUCUUUGAAGUCUUUGUGGCCGUGUGAGUGUGUAGUGAUAAUCGAUAAGAAAAGUUAGAGCGGGCGAUCAUCUUGUCGGAUAACAUUGGUGCAGAGCGAGGAGAGAUGUAGGAUGCUCGCGCUGAAAUGCUGACGCGCGGGACGUUUGUGAGUGGUAUCAUGACGAGAAAAAGAUAUAAGGGAGAGGCAUGUCGAGAAGUUCGCAAAAUGUGUGAUUGAGGAGAAUCAGGGGUUCGAGAGAGCGAGUGUCAGUUGUAUUAAGAAAUUUUUCAGAAGAAUAUGAGGUCAUUAGAGCAGAGAUGACUAGCCGAAAGCCUGCUCGACAUACGGGACGAUCCUGCUUAUCUUUUACUUGUAAAGUUUCUUGAAUGUUGGGCAAUAGGCCCUUGCAUGACCACAAAGUUCAGUUGUAUUCUGAUGAGCAAAUAAACCACUGGAGAUCGUUGGCAGGAUACAUUCCUGCUCUGCUUCUCUGGAAGCUUUUCAUUGCAUAGAGUAAUGGAUUGUACCGUAGACGGUCCUCAAUUGUAGAAAUUUUCGAGAAUUGCAGUGUGAAGGGUCUUUCGGCAAACAUAAACUGAUGUAAAGGGUUAAGAGCUUUAGGCAUUUCUGAAUAGAUUUGUGAGGAAGGUUGCAUAUCUCUUUCCUCACUUCCACGUGUUAAUUAGAUGCUCAAAGAGGUUUUGGAUUUACUUGAAGGAGCAAGUGCAAGUGUGAGUGCUACAAGGAUCUCACAGAAGCAGAAACCGAAAUGAUCAAGAUUGUAAUGCAAGUCGGCGCAAAUGACAUUUGAAUCAGAAGAAGCAUGCACACCAAAGAAUUAUGAGGGAUUCGGGUGCUUAACCACGUGGCUUUCUUUGAGCAGAUUGGGAACGCUUAGUUAUAUGUUGACGUCGUUAGCAGUUUCUCCCUCACUGACAUGGUGACAGUGGCUGUCUUCAAGAGAAGCCGAGGUGAAGUCUGCUAAUAAUACGAGCAAUGGAUUUUUUACGCUGGGAGUUACGUAGCUGGCGGACUCAAAAACAGCCAAGACUCAGGUCAAUCUUUACAGAGACAAAGAAGGUUGCCAAUUUCUUGCAGCAAUCUUGGAAACGUGGCGCAUUGUUUAUACUGGUGUUGGCGCUUAUGCCAGUUCUGUUCCCGUUGGCUUUGUUCUCAAGCUUCGUGGGAUUCAUUUACUCGAUUCCUCUUCUCUGCGGAGCCGCUAUUUGUUACACCCUCUUCUGCGGUUUUUAUCGUUCUUUCAGCAUCACAGGAUUGUUUAGUCCUUUCAAAUACCUGCUUGAAGGUCUCAGUUCAGAUUCACAAUCUACUGAGGCUCGUGUGCCGCGUAAAGAGCAUGUCAUUAAACAGGUCGAAAGUAGGCAACACGAAGCUGUGUUGAAGUCUUCCGCAAUUGUCGUAGAAGAUGCGCAAGUCAAAGACAGAGCGUCCAGCGCUAGAACAACAUUGCAUCUCGAUUGCGAACUUCUUGUGAAUGAGAGAGACGAAGCUGACAAUCUUGAGUUUCGAAAUGUGUUCAAAAUGAACAUCCCCUCUGAAGUUAAUGGCAAGAUCAGUGGAUUUGGUGCUGAACCGAGACCUUCUGCAAAUUGUCAUACUCAUCCAGAUAUCAGACUUCGAGAACGCUUAUUGUAUCUCUCAUUGCCCAAGUUCAAAAACGAGGACCGCACUUGUUUUGGUAGAGUCCAGAAUGACUUUACGGAUGAAGCUCAUAGGGGCGAAGCAGGGGAAAUAACAAUAGAAAAUUUUGGGAUGGACAUUGAACGAGCUUCAUGCUCAAGUUUGCUUGCACCAGGGGAGGAACCCAAGAGCUUUUCAGUAAGGGCUAAUUCCCAUCCAGUAGUAUCACGGUUUUCUGAAGGAAGGAAUGGUGGCAAUUCAAAAGUACUCGGCUGCGAGACUUUCGAGGGGCGAGAUUAUGACACAGGUCAUGCAAGGUAUUGGAGAGAAGAAGUCGAGGACUCUGUCUCGUCCUUUUACUCGUUUGCGAAGGUAACACAUCACAUGGGAAAUCGGAAUUCAGAAGCUUUAAGAGAUGUGGCAUGUCUCAAUUCAUUUAAAAACGAAUCCAAAAAGAUUAUGAGAAUGAACGACCAGGAUGAUAUGUGUCUGCUGGGGUGCGCUACAGCAGAUGCAUUCUCAGCAUCGCAAGUGCCCAAUUUGAUAAGAUGCAAGGAGAUAUUAGUUGCUGGUGAGAACGGAAGAACUGGUUCAACUCAACCGUUUGCUAUAUCACCUCGCACACAUCAGAAGCGGCUUGUUUUCAGCAAUGAUCGUAAACAACGUUCUGUUAGUACUACUUUCUCCUCAGACUACACUUGGCCAUCAGAAUCUUCUGAACAGGAUUCUGAGCUGCUGUCAACUCGAGGAACUGCACAUGAAGAAGUAUGCGUAGAUACUGCUUCAAGCACAGCCCAAUAUGAGACCAAGUUUGUUCCAGAAUCUGGCGGCGUUCUUGAUCCAUCUUCUUCUACAUGUCCAAGUUUUUCUCCAACCUCUGAUCAAUUGGCGGAGGAUUGGGAGACCCGACGAAAAAGAUGGGAAGAGGAGUCGACGCCAGGAAGCUUGGUGCCCUUCGUGCCAUUUGUGGAAGCUCGUCCUGUUGAAGCGCGGUCCAUGUGCAAUCCAUUGUUCGAAUUUUCAACACCAUCACCGCCUCUCAGAAAGCUCAAUGUACGAGGUAAGAGUUACCUAUCCGAUUCUUCUUCAUUCCAGACACCCUCUCAACAUCAACAAAGGCUUCGAAAAUGCAAGAGUAGCAAGUAUACUGAACGUCGUGAUAGUGAAGUCAUUGAUUCGGCAUCAACUUCGAGACGCCAUAAUCGAUCUUACUCAGCUUCAUUCAUGGAGAACAUGGAGCCUUAUUCUGGAGAAUUCGAAGGAUUGUUAGGUCUAUGGCGGAAGAGAGACAAAACCACUCACUCGGUAGCUUCAUCCCCGAGAGAUUCGCCAACUGCAACGUCGCCUGCAGAGGUUGCGCACAAGAUACGGCAGGACCUCAACACUAUUCAAAUGGUAAUUGGCCAGAAAAUCCCGCCUCAAUACUCUCUGUGGAAAGAAGUAGAGACUUUGAGUCAGAUGAUUAACAUGAAGCUUCCUUACAUGGGAGAUAUUUCAGACUUGAGUAAAGCUAGACAGGGACUGGAUCUCCUGAAAGUUGUAAUCGGAGUCCGAUGGGAUGUUGAGUUGUAAACGACGGAAAUAGAUGAGUAGGAAGCAAACGUGUUUCGGAACGCACAACAGACUUUUUAUGUAGCUGGAGGACCAUUGUGUGCUUUCAAACAAUCCGAUUCUGUGAUCUGCAAUGUAAAUACUCGACACUCGACCAUGGUCAACUAGCUCUGAGUGACCUUACCAAAUCCUAAAACAAACCACAAGCGUUCGCGAUUCUGAGCUGAAUAUUAUAGUUCCAAUAGUCCGAUCCGAAAGUGCUUCCGAAAUCUGUUGGCUUUUCCUUCAAGAAACAGCUCUAGAUACGGAGAUGUCCAUGGAAGCAAUUCACACAUCCUGCAACUUCAGGUUUGGUUUUCGCCAGUUCGUUCA